UCAGGAAACUUCAUUUCUUUACUGUCUCUGUUUCAUGGCAGCCUAGGUUAUGCCGCCUGGGAUCCUGAACCUUCUGACUUCGGCUCGGCAAUUGCAGUGAUAGUUAUUAGCCGGAGUCAUUGUCGACGGACCGUUCUCGUUUAAAAGUGUGAAGCAUUGUGCGAAGAACGAAUCCGUAUUCUCGGUCGAACUGGUGUCUCAUUCUGCAACCGAUAAAUAAUCAUUUGGCUUCAGGUGCAGCCCUAGUUGACUAAGCAGAACCACGCAUUCCUUUUCUGAGUGACUGCGAACGCCGUGGUUGAAUCAUUUUCAAGUGCGCCGGACAACAGCGCUAUUUAAGGAGCUUAUGUAGCUCGUCAGUAGUUUAUUCACGCUUAAAGCCAGGGACCCAAGUUUCUAGAACCUGGGGCAAGUGUUUUACAGUUGGUUGGGAGAACCCAGGUUUUGUGUCGUGAGGGUGCGUGAAUUGCAACACUCGCAGGCGAUUUCACUAGUGCCUGCAGCUCGCUGGCCAAUCAGUAGUUUUAGUCCCAACCAACUGUUCUACAGUUGGUAAACUUGGGUCCCAACCAACUGUUUUACAGGCGAUUUCACUGGUGCCUGCAUCUACGCUCUGUCUCCACCUUGGUCGUUACUCCAUGCUCUCGACCUCCCCUCCUGCCAUUAUUGACCGUUGUUGAGGCGUCCGGUCCCGAGCCUUACCGCUUUAGUUCCAUUCCGUCAGCUAUUCGUUUAGCCUUCAGCCUCAGGGCUCCUGGUAGCUUCUGGCGACGACGCAAUUCAUUCGGACGGCUCGCGAUUCUAACAUCGACGCGACGCAUCGUGCUCAUUCGAACAUUCGCAUAGAGUGCUCUCGGCGUGUCUCUCGCAAUGAGUGGCUUAGACGGUCCCGUGAUGGACAUUCCACGGCCUAGGUAUCAAGGGGUGUACAAGAGUGGACAUCUAUCCGUGUCGUCUAAAGGUUUGGGGUGGAAGUCAUGGAAGCGGCGUUGGUUCCUCCUCACGCGCUCCUCCCUCAUCUUCUUCAAGCACGAGCCAAGGGGUCGCAUUGACAUCUCAUCGGCCAUAGGAGGCAUCGAAUUCAACAACGCUGGAAAGGUGCACAUCAAGCCCGACAAGAAGCAGCUCUCCCUCACCUUCCCAGAUGGCCAUGCCUUCACCUUCAAGACCGACACGCUGGAGGACCUGGAGGAGUGGAGGGACGCCCUGGAGGACGCCAUCUCCAAGGCCCCGCCGCCCUCCGUGAUGAUGGGUCUGCCCCGCGACACGCUCUUCCGAGGGGAUGGGCUCGACAUAGGCGACAACGACGGGCCUCCAGGACCAGGCAAGGAGCGGCGCCUGCGCUCCAUGCUGCUGUGCCGCCCCUUCUCCCUCGCCCUGGAGGACGUCAACGGCUCGCCCUCCUUCCUCGAGAAGGCCCUGCGUUUCAUAGAGAUUCACGGCGUGAAGCUCGAGGGCAUUCUGCGCGCAGCAGCGGACGUGGAGCAGGUGGAGAGGCGGUUGAAGGAGUACGAGGAGGGGCACACGGAGUUUGAGGACGGGGAGAACCCACAUGUUGUGGGCGACUGUGUUAAGCUUGUCCUUCGAGAGCUGCCGACGUCACCCGUGCUGCCAUAUGCCUGCACUGCACUCGAGCAAGCAUUCCAGCAAGAGGAGGCGGAGGCAAAGCUAGAGGCAGUGCGCACAGCCAUGCUGAACCUGCCAGAGCCCAAUAGACGCCUGCUGCACCGUGUGCUGCAGACCAUGAUCGCCAUAACCAACAACGAGGCGGUCAAUAGGAUGAACGCGUCUGCUGUUGCAGCAUGCAUGGCGCCGCUGCUCUUCCGCCCUCUUUUCAGCGGGGAACUUCAAACUUCGUCCCGCGGGGGAGGAGGAGGGGGAGGGGGGUUUCCCAGGUCCCGCAGCCGAGGGGGGGGUCUAGAUGAGGAGGAUGGGGAGGACAGCGCUGCUGCUGCUGCGGCCCAGAUCAUGGCUCUGACCAUGGCAGCUAACCAGGCACAGACUAUGACGAUUUUCCUCAUGGAGAAUAUCGACAAGGUGUUCGUGGGCGAGGCCCUCGGGUUAGCACGGGGAGUAUACAGCGGGGCGGCAUGGGAUGACGAGGACGACGAGGAGGGCGAGCUGGUGGACGAUGAUGACGUGGAUGAGGACAACGAUGACGAGGACAGUGGCGCCCAGGUGGCGGUGCUGGAGGCGUCGCGCCAGGAGCUGCGGGCCUCGCUGGCUAAGGAAGUGCGGGCGAACGAGAUGCUCAAGGAGAGCUUAGUCCAAAGGAGGAAGACACUGCAGGAGCUGAAAGCGGCACUCGAACGAGAUGCGGCUCAGUUGCGGCGGGACCUGGAGGAGCAGAGGGAGCUGUAUGCGCGCAUGCAGACGGGGAUCAAGGGGCCUGUGCCAGAGAUAGAGCUUGAGCCAGAGCUCAAGGCAGAGCUCAAGGAGAUCGAGUCCUUGGAAAAGUCCGUGGCUCUUCUCCGCACGGAAACAGAGACAUUGCAGCGGGAGCUGCUGCACGUGACGCACAAGCAGCAGCAGCUGGAGCAGCAGCAGAAGCAGCAGCAGAUGGCGGGGGGAGCAGCAGGGGGGGCGUGGGGGGGGCGCCCCUGACUGGGGCGAGUGCGGAGCAGAGGCAGCGGAUCGAGGCGCUGAGGUCGCUGAGGGCUCAGCUGAAGUCGGAGCUGGAUCGAACCAUGGCGAUGUGCCUUGAGGAGCAGCAGAAGAACGCCGAGCUGGAGGAGCGGCGGAGGCAGGAUGACCCAGUGGCCUUGGAGCAAGCAGUGAUGCGGCAGAAGGCAGCGGUGCAGCAGGCGCAGGCUGCCUUUGAAGCGGAGAUGGCGAGAGGCAAGGAGUUGAGGCGCAAGCUCCAGCUCGCCCAGCAGAGAGCCGCUGCUGCUGCCCUUGCCAGUGCCAACGCUGCUGCCGCCGCCGCUGCAGCUACAGCCAGCUCAGCAGGUUCGGGAGGCUCAGGCUCAGCCGAACCUGCCGGCCAGGCUGGGCAGCAAGGCUCGGCCGAGGCUAACGCUCAAAUCGCAGCUGAUGGAGAGUCUCGACCUGCUGGUCCGUCGCCUGCGGCUGCUGCUGCUGCUGCAGCAGUGGCUGCAGCAGGGGGGGCUGGGGAGCCGCCAUCAGCAGCAGCUGCUGCUGCUGCCUUUGCUGAGCUGACUGCCAGGCUGGAAGAAUUCAAGAGGCAGCGGGCCGUACUGAUUCAGCGCCUCGCUGCGCUGUCGAAUGAGACGGUGCCAGGUGGCCCACAGGGGAUGGUAGGGGCAGGAGGGCCGAGAGUGCCCCAGCUGUCAAGGGAUAUCCCGAGUCACUGAGUGGAAUGAUGGGGUGAAUCCUUCUACUGGGAGGCUGGGCCUUGAAAACAGCCAUAAAAUCCAUGUUUUUUAUCAGGCGUGAUGAAAAUGCUGAUGAAAAAGGAAUCAAGCAGGGACAGGGUGUAACAAAUGCCAGCGUCCUGUUGGGGUCCUGAGGAGCAGGCCUCUGGAUGGGAUUAGAAGUACUCUUUGUCAUAAGGGUAUUCGCUUGUUGCUACUUUUUUUGUAAGGGUAUAUUUUUAUGCUGUUCGUAAUAAGGGUCCUACAAAAUACGAG